AAGAGCAAUGGCAAAUUGUUCUCGACUUUGUCACAGUAGAAUCAAUGUUCGAGCCAGUUAUUGAUUCGAUUAUCAGUUUAAUUCAGAAACAGAUUAACGCGUCAACAGCUACAUGUAAAUGUCAGGCGAUUUUCUUAUGUGGAGGGUUUGGAGAAUCACCAUAUUUGUUAAAACGUGUAAAGGAGAAAUUUGAAACAUCAUCGACUAUGGUCUGUGCACCGCAUCAAGCUGUUACUGCUAUUGUUCGUGGCGCUGUUUUAUUUAUGAUAAUUGAUAUAAUAGGCAUUAACGAAAGUUCUGUAAAAACACGAGUAUUAAAAUGGACAUACGGCAUAGAAUGUUACAGACAAUGGGACCCAACAAGGGACUCUAUAGAACGUAAAGAGCAAAAUGGUGAUGUUAGAGCAUUCGACAAAUUGGCAACGCGUGGCGAAGAAGCGGAUGUUAAUAAAGAAUACAAAAAACAAUAUACUACAUCUCAUCCUGAUCAAACGAUUGUCAAUUUUACUGUAUAUACCGCGAGUAGCGAAAAUGAAUUAUACUGUGAUAGAUUGAAACGUUUAGGCAAAUUAGAAAUUGAAAUUCCAAAAAAUGCUCGUGGUAAAAAACAAAAUAUAGAAUUCUCAUUAUUUUUUGGGCAGAUGGACAUUUUAGCAGCAGCACGUGUUUUGCAAACUGAUCAGUGGUGUCAUACGACGCUAAAAUUUGACCAGAGUUAA